ACUGCGAAUUCCAGUUUUGUUGCGAUUGUCCCACCAGUCGGAUCCGAUUAGCCACUCCUCCGUUAGCACACGGAUGCGGCUGCCGAUGAGAGCUAACAGCUAGCUAGCUAACUAGCGUACCGCGAUUUGGAAAAGAUGGCUCGGGACUUGCGAGUGUUUGCGCUGGAAAAAGCCGAACUGCUCUCCAGCCGUUUGAAGGAGCUCCUGUCUUCGGGACAAGGAUAUGUCCGGGAUCAGUUCGGGUUGGACUUGGGUCUGAAGCCGGACGUUUACCCGACGUGGGUCAUCCUGUCUACGGCCGCGGUGGGUCUGCUGCUGCUGCUCCGCCUGUCCUGGGCCGUCGUCUGUGGCGGGUCGUCGGUCGGGAAAAAGCGGGGAUCCCCUGGCAGCCAAGGCGACGGUGAGCCUGGCAAGGCCGCUUCGGUUCCAAUUGCCAAACCAGAAGAACAGAAGAAGAAGAUUAAAAAGAAAACGGUGGAAAAGAACAAUCAAUCCAAUGGAAAACCAGUGGCUGCAGCUCAAGAUGCAGUUAAAGGGGCAGAGGUUGUUUCCAAACCAGCCCCACAGAUCAAAACUGAGAAGGUGCAUGAGGUACAGGCCCUUGUGCAGCUGAAAAAGAACAAGAAGAAAACUAAGACAAACGUGAAACCAGUCCAGCAUGUGUCUACAAAUGAUGGGAAGGAACCCGACAAUGGUGCAUGGGUGACCAAAGUCAGUAACCGAGAGAAGAGGCAGCAGCGCAGGAAGGACAGGGGCCCUGAGGACUCUGGUAGCCCAGGAGGGGUGGAGGCUCCCAAGAGCAAUGUAGAGGCACCUGUGGCCACAGCACCUGCCAACACCAAGAAGAACAGAGGAAACCAUGAGUCCUUGCAGUCCAGAACCGCUGGAAAGAGGGAGACAGCUAGUGUAGCUGUGUCCUCCAGCUGGAGAGAGGAGCCUUCAGUCAAUGGUGGAGGUUGGACUGAUAUGUCUUUAAAGACCCCAUGUCAGAUGGGUGCUAUGGAGGGAACCAAGUGGAGUGCCAUACCCACUGCUACACAUUACAGGGCCCCACCAAAGCCUCAGUCCUGGGGACAGGAGACACAAGCAUGGAGUGGCAUUGAUGGCCAUAUAAAGAUUGACCUCAACCCCGGGGCCUUCUCCAUGCUGGGAGUAAACACCACAGACCCAAUAUCAAAUUCAAUGGAGCUGCAGUGGGCGAGGUGCCCGGAUGUUGACGAUGAAUGGUCUGGAUUCAGGAUGGCAGCAGUGGACCCCAGCUCCGACUGGAAUGCCCCAGACGAGCACUGGGGACACUACGAAGAGCCCCCUCUGUUGGUGACACCAGCACCUCCACUAAAGGAACAGCCGGUCCCCAACAAGGUAUUGGAGGAUGAGAAGGACACUGACGAGCCAUCCGGUGGAGCAGACAAAUCCAAGAAGAAGAGGAAAAAGAAGAAGAAAACAGAAGAGGAGACUGCAUCUGAGGCUCAGACGGUGAGCACAGUGACCCUGGUCAAUGCGAGACCCAAACCCCAAGAGCUUCCUGUCCUGGCCACCAAAAAGCAGAAUCCCAGCGCUUCCUCCUCUCAGAAGAAGUCUGAGCAGACUGUGGAGCCUCCGAAGCCCUCCCAGAAGAAAAAGGUCCGAAGGGAAACAUGAAGUCCAAUCGGUCCAUACGAAGCAUAUGCAAAUGAUUGUAAAACGUGUCACAUGCAAUAAUUACCAGGUACAGAGUUUCUUUCUGAGAUACAUUAACAGUUCUUUAGUUACCGAAACAAAAAUCAGCAGUGGGUAUCACCUGCUUGACUAAAUAUAGUAGUGAAUUGUGGUCCUGUGGACUCAAAUCUUAACUAAUUUGCACUAUUUGCUACACUGCAACCAGAAUGGAGUCCCUAAGGGCGGUGGACUUGCAGUGGAGGUACAUGUUCAUGUAAUUAUUUUUAGGGCAUGUUUUUUUCCGUCCACGAGAGUACAUUUAUAUUUGUUAGCCCAAAAAUACAAAACAGGUUUUAUUUUUUGUUGUAUCAAAAUGAAAGUUACAAGAGAAGCAAACACGUUUUGCUCCCCAGAAUAUUGCACUUUCUUUUGUUUGCUUUGCUUCUGCCCCUCUAAUAACUGAAAUGUGGGGGCUGGUCUCAGAUCAGGAUACAUUCAGAUUAUCUAUCAAAACUCACAUGCACAUACAUUGGAGUUGAAGGUUGCUGUAAUUAUCCUCCCUGUUCGUACAGGCCCUGAGGUAAUACCGUCAUAGAGCAAAACUAUGUAAGAAAUGGACUAAAAAUCCACAUUUAAGUUCCUCUGAUGCUAAUAUGAGGCUUUAGUUCGGGUCCCCAAAUCGAUUUUACAAAUUAAUGGCCUUUGUAAUGGGAAAACAAAAACAAUAGGUUGUCUUUGUUUUCCCUAGUUCUCCGGCUGAUGUGUGAGUAGUACUGGCAGUCGAAUAGGUUUGCUGGCAUGACAAAACCCUGACAAUAAACCUAUAUGUUUUGAUUUGGCAAAUCUCAGACUGCUGAAUUACUUUUGCUUAGAAAAAUGCAUUUUGUACGUUACGUUGUAGUCACUGUAAGUAAGUAUCCCCACACAGAGCCAGUAUGGACAGGAGAAAUGACUUAACUUUUAAGUGUUAAAAUAGGUUUUCCUAUAAUAAGAGUAAUACUUCAAAACCUCUAUCCUUGCAGUACAAAAACUCACUGGCUUUGUGUUUUAUAAACACUCUUUUUAUGAAGAAUGACAGCUGUUAUCAGGUUGUUCCUAAAAAAGUAUUUGGCCAUAGAAACAUAACUUCCCAACCAUCCCUGCAGCGUAAUCCACCUCUUCAAUAUCCAUCCGUGUGUUUGUAUGUUCCAAAUGUUCAUAGCAAGACACUACAGCUGUGUAUUUAGCCAGAUUGUCUUGAAACUAGCAAUUCGGAAUACACUGACAACUGAAAAGUAACUAAUUUGUUAGUUAUGUAACGGAUUGGAUCUUUACUUCAAAGAAGACUCUUAAUAUUACAUUUGGAUUCACACUGAGGACUGUAGAGCAUAGUAACUGAUACAAAACCACCAGGAGGCACUGUAAUGUGAAGUACAGGAGGAGGGGGAUCAUCCCAUGACGCAGUAGCACUCUUAAGUAUUGUCCCCCUACUUUUAUCAUUCUGAGUGUCUGUCUUUAUCUGACUAUAUAAUGUGUUGAUUUUCUAGAGACUUAACGGUCCCAUCUGCACUCUUUGUUUUUUAUUAUUAUUUUUCUUCCAGUUCUGUGCUAGCAAAAGCCAUGCCAUAUGUACAGAUUGUAAAGGCUUUUUCCAGUUCUGUGAUUGCACUGUGCACAAGGCUGUAUUGAGUUCCUUUUGAUGGUGAUGACUUGUUUUUAUGACUUGUUUUUUACUACCUUUUUGCAGAAUGGGAUAUGCAUAAUUUUAGGGGAUUUCAGGGGACAUCCAGGAUUUAUGAUGGGGGUGGGGCAGGGGGAUUAACUUAAACAAAUAAUACAUGAAUAUCUGUUAUAGAGAUGCUUUAAUUCCACAUCAAAGUUGGUUUUAAACAACACACACAAUUACAUAUAAAUAUAAAAGGAAUUCAAUUCCAUUGCCUUAACCUGAUGUUAUAUGGAAAGUGCAUUGGUAUCCUUUUUUUUAAUAUAUAUAGUUACCAACCAACUGCAAGUUUUGAUGUCAGAAAAUAAUUUAAUCUUGCAUGAAUUUGAUAACAAUACUAGUGUACAUGAAAUUAAUGAUUUCUUGCUCUAACUGUUAGUAGUUGGUCCUGGAGUACCACUCGGUGUGUAUAUACUGUAAUCGCUUUUUUCUAUGAGACCAAUUGCAGCUUCUCUGUUGGCUCGGCGGAGGUUAGGGGUCAAAGAGCGUCGGUGCAUCGAGGUGUCGAUCGGCUGCUGGUGAUGCUGAGUUAUUAGAGC